AUGUCCUCAACGACAGCUGAGGAGCACGUCAACAAAGACGACUUUUCAGAUACCAAUGAGCGGGAAAAGGGAUCUCGUGAGGACUUCCCAGAAAGAGAUACACCGUCGCCAGCUGCUCCUCCCCCUCCGCCGCAAGCGGCAAACCCAUGGCAUCCAAGUCAGUUCCCUGAUGGAGGGCUCCAGGCCUGGCUGGUAGUCGCAGGAUCAUUCUGCUUCGUCUUUUGCAGCUUCGGAUGGAUUAACUGUAUUGGCAUUUUCCAAGACUUCUACCAGCAAAAUUACCUCUCGAACUACUCGCCGUCGGACAUCGCCUGGAUCGCGUCACUCGAGAUAUUCGUCAUGCUCUUCGGAGGCAUCAUUGUUGGGAGAGUGGUGGACAACUAUGGACCACGAUGGCCCUUCGUAUUCGGCAGCUUGAUUCAUGUGUUUGGGCUCAUGAUGCUGUCCUUGUCGACCAAGUAUUAUCAGAUCAUCUUGUCCCAGGGCAUCUGUAGCCCAAUUGGCAUCAGUUUGAUAUUCACGCCAGCAAUGAGCUGUCCUAAUACUUGGUUCUUGAGGAAUCGUGGCUAUGCCAUUGGCGUCGUGGCUGCCGGUAGCUCACUUGGGGGCGUUAUAUUUCCAAUCAUGUUCUCGCAUCUCCUCACGGAAGUCGGCUUCCCCUGGUCGAUACGAAUAUGCGCCUUUCUGAUCCUAGCCAUGCUCGCCUUUGGCUGUGCGGUCACCAAGUCUCGGAUGCCGCCUUAUCCUCAGCCACUGUCCUUGAUGGCGUAUAUACGACCUUUCAAGGAGGUACCGUAUCUUCUGACCACAAUUGCGGGAUGUCUCUUCUACUUCGGCCUCUUCCUACCGAUCAACUACAUCGCCGUCCAGGCUUCCACCGAGUUCCACAUGGAUCCGAACUUGGUCCAGUAUUUGAUUCCGAUUUUGAACGCAGCAAGCCUCUUUGGCCGCAUUCUGCCGGGUUGGGUGAGCGACAGAGUAGGUCGCUUCAACACAAUUUCAGCAAUGGGCUUCUUGUCGGGAAUCCUCUGCCUUGCAUUGUGGCUACCCGCCAGAGGCAAUGCUCCAUUGAUUGUCUUCUCGGCCCUCUACGGCUUCUCCUGUGGAGCAUUCGUAUCCAUCAUUCCCGCUUUGGUCGCUCAGAUUUCCGACGUCAAGGAGAUUGGGUUGCGGAUUGGGUUGCAGUUUGCAUCUUUGUCGAUCCCCUCUCUUGUCGCUAAUCCCAUCGGUGGAGCCUUCAUCAGUUUGGACAAUGGCGGAUAUAGUGACAUGCAAAUUUGGUGUGGCGUCGUCAUGUUGGCGGGUAGUAUCAUGUUUGUUUGUGCGAGGUGUUCUAUCUCUGGGCCCAAGCUCGCAGUAGCGGUAUGA